AUGAGACAAAUAUUGGCACAAAAGCAGACAUCUACACAAAAGCUUAAUCCUUUCGUUUGGCUCAAAAGCUCUAUUCGCUCUGUCUUUCUUCUGUUAGCUUUAGAGGGAAAGUUUCAAUGCAUUGAAUCCUUAGCAUACAAAAGGCAGCAGCUAUCUAAGGGAUUACCAUUUCAUCGAAAUAAGAAAGGCUAUUCUCGAAAUCUACAAGCAUUUUUCCAGCUUAAAGAUUAUCUUUUAUCUCAAACAAGAUGUUGA